CUCUGAGCAGUUGGUGGAGGGAGAAGAUCUGGAAUAGCAGAAGAAAAUUGGAUUGAAAUCCGAAACAAGAAAGAACCUUGGAUUGUAAUUUCUCUCUCUUCCUUUAGGAACCCUCGAAACUUGAUUGAAAAUGCUUCUGCUACUUCUGGGAAUCAUUAUUCUGCACAUUGCCGUCCUGGUACUGCUUUUCGUGUCAACCAUAGUCAGUAGCUGGCUGGUGGGUAACAGCUAUUCGGCGGACCUUUGGCAGAACUGCAGCGUGACGGCGACCAGUACGUGGCAAUGCCUCACGGCCUCAAACAAUGAGUGGCUCCAAUCUGUCCAAGCCAUGAUGAUUCUCUCCAUUAUCUUCAGCGUCCUGUCCCUCUUCCUCUUCUUCUGUCAGCUCUUCACGCUGACCAAGGGUGGACGAUUCUACCUAACUGGAAUCUUUCAGGUCCUCGCUGCCUUGUGCGUGAUGGCCGGCGCCUCCAUUUUCACCGUGCGGCACCCAGAGUGGCAGACGCAGGAUGGAGCCGGCUAUGGUUUCGCCUACAUCCUGGCAUGGGUGGCGUUCCCCCUUGCCGCCGUUAGCGGCAUCAUAUACAUCAUCUUGCGGAAACGCGAAUAAACGCAGAACGGAAUCGAAAAAACCGGGAAGAGUGAAACGUUGAAGACAAAGUCCAAAAGGGGAACCUAGAGAUCCGAAACCAAACCAUUAUAACCUCCCUCACCAAAGAGAGAGAGUGGUGAGGGCAGGUUCCUGUGUUAAUUAAAGAUGUAAAUAGUAUCUCUACGGUUUAAAAACCUAUUUAUAACACUUUUUACGUAUAUGUACAUAGUAUUGUUUGCUUAUUUUGACCUCUAGUUUUCCGUAAGCUAAAAAAAACAAAGUACUCGUCUGCUACAGAGUAGGAUUUCUUUCGGCGUGGACAGCAGUUUAUAAACCAAAGUAAGAUCAGUUUUGUGUGCCUUACAUCAAAUACCAACAGUCUUAAUCGAUCAGACAUAUGGAGUAUGUAAACCAGAAUGUGAACCAUAAAGGGAUAGGCUCCCUUCCCCCGAAAACAAAAUGGCCGACGCUAAUGCGAGAGAGAGGCAUCAAUAGCUGAUUGGCUGUUUGGCACGAGGAGGGGACGCCGCCUAGAGAUGUCGAAUGUUCUCCAGAUCCGUACGUAGAGAGGGUAGGGACCUGGCGGGCAUGUUUUAUGAAUAAAUGCUGUAACUAAUCAGUCUGAGUUGGUCAAAAGCCGCGGUGAAUGCGGGGGGCGACGCCAAAGGAGAGGUGGCCUUCAUAGAUACCUUCUGACUACUGCGCUGACACUAAACCAAAAGUACUGUUAAACCUAUGAAACAUUCAUCUUUUUUUGGGGAGGGGGGAUUUCAUCUUCUAGGGCAUUGUUGAGGAAGCAGUAUGUAGGUUAACCCCAUCCCUUCCUGGGAACGGCGGCGGGACGUCCCGGACCUUAAAUGACCGUAACGUUCGCCCGUCACCUUCUUUAAAGUCCUUCCUGGUGCGGAGGGACCUCCGAGCUGAAAGCCAAAGACCUUUUUUUUUUUUUAUCAACUGGACUUAUUACCGUAGACAAUUUUUUUUUUAAGAAAAAAAGCCUAAACUAUACAGAAUAUAAAGAUAAUUUCUAUUUUUUUUUCUAAUCCCGGAGAGAGCGAACGAUUCUAUUGGUCACCCUGCCGGGAUUUUAAAAACUCAAAAAGUGUAGUGAGCAUAUAUUUUUUUAAAAUUUUAUUUUAACCAAUAGGCAUGAAUUAUACACAAAAACCAAAGCGUAAACAUAUAUAUAUAUAUAUAAGUAUAAAAAAAAAGUAGGGGAAAUUGUUUACCAAAUGUUUUUUCCAAAAAAAAAGUAAGUUUUAAAGAAAGCGGUCGGACGUACCAAUUGUAAAUUAUCUAGAGGUAGCUCCUUAAAACGUAGGUUGAAGAGACAAAAAAAAUAAACAGUGGUGCUAUUAUUAAUUUGUGAUCCAUUCCUUUUAUUUUAACCUCUGUAUAACUUCUCAUCCAGUAACACUUUCUUCUCUUUUUUUUU